CUGCGCCUGAUUUCAGGUGUCCUAUUACCUGGGCUGCACAACUCGGGUGGGAAAAAUACACUUUAGCGUUUUUUUAACACACGCUUAAUGGUUUUGAUUGCGCCUACAAAGAAAAGAAAAAAACAUCGAGUUACAAUGGAAUAGUUUUGAGGGAACGGUGAAAGUUCAUUUUGUGUUUACUCAUGGACCACCAACGCCUCCUGGUUUAUUUCUUUUUUACGAGUGCUUACAGUUUCGUUUGUGCACAAAUUACAAAUUAUGCACUACAAGGUGAAACGAUCAACUUGGUGCCAUCCAUUUUCGGACAACCUGAUGGAAUUCUCUGGAUACACAACAGCAAAAAAGUGGUUUUGUUUAACGGCAUGGAGGAGUUUGUGUUCCCUCCCUACGAGAACAGGCUCACUCUGGACUGGGCCUCUGCAGAACUCACAAUCAAAGACGUCUCGUACGAAGACAGUGGAGACUAUGAACUGGAAGUCGACAUAUACAAGGAGGUGUAUCGUUCAAAUUAUAAAUGGCAGGUUAUAGACAAAGUAACCAAACCAAGCAUAUCCUGCGAAAUGGCCGACGCAAACCUGGCGACGCUUGUUUGCUCAACUGAUUCCAAAUAUCCCCGCUUAGUAGAAUUUAAGUGGAGCUCAGGUGGAAAAAAGCACCCGGGUCCCAAUUUGACAAUAACCCUCGAGGAUGAACACGAUGAUCGAGUUUACCGUUGUGACGUGAGCAACCCUCUGACCAAUGAAACGGCCACGUUUGCUGCCAAGAACUGCUUCCUAGACCAAAAAUCUUCUGCUCGACUUGCCAUCAUCCUACCCGUCAUUUUUGCUGUCCUCUUCAUUUUACUCAUCAUGUUGGCCUGUGUAUUCCGCAGAAAACUUCGAGGUACAGCAUGUUUUGAAAAUACAAAGAAAGGUGUUUUUAAAAGACGGACUACAACGGAAGUUUCAGGGUCCAGUCAAGGCGACGAGACCAUGUACUUCCUGGGGGGCUCACCUACGCUUCCAUCCAAUCAGAGGCUGCGGGCUUUUCUUCCAAGUGAUUGGAUUGAUUCUGCUUAUGGCAACGAAGACAAGCACGACGCAAUUAAUGGGUCUAUCAAGGAGAUCACUGGGGAUGAAGGGGUGGAGUCUGAUGUGGCCACUGCUAUUACCAUUUCCUCCAAUCCACCUCAUGCCCCGUUGACCUCUUCUGACCUGAACACUACGACUGAACAUGAAGAUAACUCAUCUGAGGAAGUCUCGGGUGACGCUUCAGUGGAAAUCAUGAGUGAAGUUGACUCACCUGGAGUUGAUAAGCACUCCACCACCUCAAGGGAGGAGAUAGAUUCACAAGAAGAAAAAGAAGAUGAUGAUGGACAGGUGCCAUUUUCAUCCAUUGCACAAGGAGAGUCGACGAGUGGCGGUGAGGACCAACGGGACUCGAGCACAUCGGCCUCUGAGGACGAAACGGAGUCAGAUAGUGAAGAUGAUGAGACCAUUGCAGAUGAGGAACAGAGUGAGACUGAACCACAACAAUCUCUGACUGAGACACCACACCAUAGGAACACAAAUACAACUGAAACUCAGGGCUCAUAACCUUUUUUUAAGCAAGUUUGUGGUUGUAAAAUUGGGAAAAAAAAACAUCAUCUAAAUGAACUGACUGUCUAAUAUUAAUGUAGAGAUGAUCACACUAACAAAUGCAAUAUAAUUAAGAUUUAUAUACAAUUUAACAUACUCAAUAAUUCAAACUGCCUCAUUGGACUGAUGUUAAAUAGCUGCGUAAAAUGUGCUAACAUUAAAAAGAAUAUAUGUUUGAAUACCAACGUUUUUAAAUUGUAAAUACUUUUUUUUUCUACAAAAUAUUUGCCAAGUGGAAGUAAUGUUUUGUCAUUGACACUUGGGCUGCAUCAGAUACUGUACAUUUUAAUUUUAGAGGGAAAGUCCAACAUUUUCUUUAUAAUAUGUUCUGGACACCCCUAGUUUACACAGUGUUGUGAUUUGAAUUGUGUUUGUGGAAUAUGAAUUAAGCAGGGACAUCCAAAUUUUGGCUUAUAUUAACACUGUCGACUGAAAAUGACAUUAUCGUGCCUUUGGGCUCAGGUGACAACCGCCACGCCUCUCUUGGUUUCUGGGUUUAGUCAUGUGACAUUUGCACGCUGACCCCUGAGUAUAACGGUGGUGGCUCGGUCGUGGAUUACAAAUAAAAGAAAAUGGAGACUGAAAUCAGAGGCUCAAUACUUUAUAAAUAAUCAUUUUCAGAACGGUUCGAUCCAUUUUGUGUCCAGUGAGCAUUCUGGCAACAAUGAUGUCUUUCAACAUUGUCAUUGAUUAACCACAGUAUGUUUUUUGUGUGGAGAAUGACUGUUGCUCAUAAAAUUCAUCUUAGUGAGCACACAUUUUCUGAGUUUUAAGCCUGCUACAUUAAAAAUAUACAUAUAUAUAUACUUAUAUUGGCGUACUGAAUGAGUACUCUGCUUUCUGAGAGCCAAAAAUCUUCCAAUAGAGCCAACAAGUGUACUUACAUCAUUUUAUCAUUAGGGGGCAAUCUUUGUCAACUUCAAGUUAUAAACAAGUCUGAGUUAAAGAACAUUGCUAGAUAAGUUGCCUGUAAGAGUGUGAUAACUAGUCAGCAUUGCUAUAGAGCACCCUGGCUCACAGUAGUUGGUGCCGCUGACAUGUUUCAUCAUGUCCAAAGGGAGGUUACCUCCUCUUCUCAACUGUAAGUGCAAGUCAGAUCAACAAUGUAAUCUGUAUUUGUAAAUAAAGAAGCAAUCGGGUUGCACACA